GUCAAUUGUCAAAGAGAAAGAUGGGAUUGGGAAUUGGGAGAAAAUAAAUUAGAAAUCGUGUUUCGUUUCGUGAUCAAAGGAAUGAAAUUAUGUUUUAUUAUAAAUUAUGUGAUAUAAGCAUAAAAUGGCAAUAUUAGCAUUAAAAUGUAUAUUCUUGUUGUAUAUAUUAAUAGAACCGACGAAUCUUCAACUUCUUAUAAAUGUGAAGAACCAGGGCGGCGACGUCAUGCAGGAGAACAUAACGGGGAACGUCUCUGAAGACACGGUAACUCUGGAGUUCCUACGGCUGGAUGGCGUUUUCAUCUCGCAGCUAGUCGAUUUUACGAACGAAGUGGAAGCCAUGAAGGUUGUGAUACCGGGAGAAGAAGAGCUGGGUCAAUCAGGACAUCAAGUUCUGUGCUUCCUUACCCAUGCUGCGCAGGCUGACUUCAUUGCACCAGAUGCUAUGGCUAAGCUUAGACAGAAAAACCCAGGAACAGUGAGAGUGGCGGAAGAGGACAAGGGUUGGCGGCAAACUACAGCCACAGCUUGGGCGGGCCGUGUCACUGGCCUACUGUCACCAGCUGCAGCGAGGCACUGUGCUGCUGCUAAAGACAGGGUGUACAUUCGAUCUGCUGAUCUAACCCGUUGGUCACCAAGGGCUGGUGUGGAGCCAUCAUCAUUCUCCUCUGAAGUGAUAGCCUUCCCUCCUCAAGCUCUCACCUCAGACGUAGCUGAAGGCAGCCCAGCUGUGAGUGUGUGCGUAGCAGAGACUGAUACAUCCAAAGAAUGCAUUUGUCAUUUAGAGGUGUGUGUAAACUGGUAUCCCUGUGGGCUGAAGUACUGCAAGGGCAAGCCACAAGGAGGCCUCAGCUACCGGUGUGGCAUCAAGACUUGCCACCGCUGUUUCCGCUACCAUUUCUAUGUGCGGCGGAGGGAUACGUGCCUCAACUACAUGUGACCCCACGCUCGCCCACCAAACUGCCAGGGCUUCUUUCUGUGCCAAACUGUGCAUCUAGUCACUUUCAUCUUAGCUUUCUUACUUUUUUAUGAGACAAAGACUUGGGACAAUACUUUUUAUUACUUGUAUUUGUAAAUAUUUUGCUAGAAUGAUGUAUUUAAUAAACUAAGAAUAAACAAUGUUAAUUAUGUAUUUAA